CCUAGUGACAAUGAUGCUGAGUUCUCCUGCAAUGUUGAGCUUCACAACUGCUGUUGCCUGUCGAUGCGCGGGAAGCCGUUGGCCCUCUAUGGAUUCAAUGCUGCCUAGCACAACGAACAUAUAUAACAAGUACUCGCUUUCACGUUUGCUAAUAUAGUCCAAAGGAUAAUUUCAACUUGCGACAAUAAGUCUGUUUUCCAAAUCAUUAGAACUGCUUCAAGAUGUCGAUGCCUUCAGGAGUCGUAAUUUCGGAUGAGUGCAUCACCGCCUCCAGAUCGCUCCGCUUCGGCAGGGGCCCCCAGAAGCCCCGGUUUGUGAUCUACAAAAUCUCCGACGACGAGACCACAGUCGAAUUAUGCAAAUCAUCUCGCGAGCCAGACUACAAAGCCUUCCGCCAGUCCCUCUGUGAGACAGCAGACAGCACGGGAAAGCUAAUGCCACGAUACGCCGCGUACGACGUGGAGUAUGACCUUGGGGAAGACGGGAAGCGCUCUCGCCUGGUGUUCAUCAGCUGGGUCCCUCAGGAAACAUCACUGAAGGUAAGCUCCACCACAUUAUCUUCGACAACCUAGAAUCAAAGUUGACACUUCUGCAAAGCUGUGUAUGUUGUAUGCGACUACAAAAGAGCAGUUGAGGAACGCGCUCGAUAUCAAACUCGCCAUCCACGCGGACAC